AUGGAUGAACCAAAAGCCCUUCUCUCUAUCCUGUCUCACGUAGCCCAUGGCUACGUAGGCAACAGAGCCUGUACGUUUCCUCUCCAAUACUAUGGGUGGGAUGUUGAUACCAUCCACACCACCGACUUCUCCAAUCAUCCAGGAUAUGGGAAGCUCACUGGUACGAAGGCUACUCCACAUCAGAUUUCCCAGUUGUUUCAAGGGUUACGUGAUGUGGUGGACUUCUCCAGCUACAAAAUCUUCAUUGUGGGCUACUGUCCCAAUGCAGAUGUGAUGCAGACCAUCUACAACGAAAUAGCUCCUGCUCUAGUUGGCUCCACCAGACCAAUCUUGGUGGUGGAUCCUGUGCUUGGAGACAACGGCAAGCUCUAUGUGCCCGAGGCAGUGGUUCCUGUUCAUCGGGACUUUCUCAAGUUGGGACUAGUGGAUCUCACCACUCCCAAUCAAUUUGAGAUUGAGCUUUUGACUAAUGUCAAGAUUGACUCAUGGAAUCUGGUGAAGAUGGCCUUGGACACAUUUUACCUGCUCUACAGGGUGGAGAAUGUGGUCAUUCUGUCGGUAGAAAUUGAUAAUAGUAUGUACAGUGUGGGUUACUGCCACAGCGAGCCCGAAAACAGCCGUAUCUUUCGGGUGCCUAUCCAGAAGAUCGGAUGUCUGUUCAACGGAAGUGGAGAUGUGUUGACAGGGCUAUUGACAAACGAGUUUUAUGCCAAUGGCUGUCGAUUGUCACCAAAUGUUCUUGCAGGGGUGUUGGCACGACUCAACAAGAUCUUGUUAUAUAGUUACGAGGACGAGAAGAGGAAAACGGGCCAGGUGCCUUUGGUGGUGAAAGAUGUCCGGUUGAUAUCUCUGCGGAAGGUGUUGGAUGAGGAUUUUGGCGACGAAUGGGAUGCGACUUACAUGUGA